UGUUGGAAUCUCAGGUGCGGCUACAGGAGAUGGUUCCUGGAUGGAAGUUUAAUUUGGGUUUCAGUGGUAAAUACUACCGGAAAGGCUAUCCCGAAGAAGCAAUGGGAGAUGAGAAGUUAUUGGAAAGUGUUGACAAAUUUUGGUGGUUUGGCCACAUGUGGAGUCACACUCAGCCACACAAACUCACUCAGAAGGAACUUGAGAUACAGAUGCAGCUGAACAAACAGUUUGCUGUGAGUCAUGGUAUUCCUACAGAUUCAGGUUACAGUGUUGCACCCCACCAUUCUGGUGUUUAUCCAGUUCAUGAACCUCUGUAUGAUGCAUGGAAGAAAGUAUGGAAUGUGAGAGUAACGUCUUCAGAAGAAUAUCCUCAUCUAUACCCAGCAAGACUUAGGAGAGGAUUCAUUCAUCGCAACAUUAUGGUAUUGCCAAGGCAGACUUGUGGUCUUUUCACCCAUACAAUAUUCAUAGAUAAAUACCCGGGAGGACGUCAGGUGUUAGACUCCAGUAUCCAUGGUGGAGAAUUGUUUCAGACAAUUGUCUUCAAUCCAAUAAGCAUCUUUAUGACACAUCUGAGUAAUUAUGGGAAUGACCGCCUGGCUUUGUACACUUUUGAGUCAGUGAUCAAAUUUGUCAAAUGCUGGACCAAUUUAGUCUUGCGAACUAUACCACCUCUGCAGCUAGGCGAGAAGUACUUCCAUAUGUAUCCUGAGGAAGCUGACCCUAUUUGGGGGAAUCCAUGUGCUGAUCACAGGCACAUUGAAAUUUGGGCUAGAAAUAAGAGCUGUGAGCAGCUUCCAAAGUUCCUGGUUAUUGGUCCACAGAAAACGGGAACAACUGCACUUUAUACCUUUCUAGCCAUGCAUCCUGCCAUUGUUGCCAAUUAUCCGUCUCCUGAAACUUUUGAAGAAGUACAAUUCUUUAAUGGGAAGAACUAUUUCAAAGGCAUUGACUGGUAUAUGAAGUUUUUCCCUGUUCCAAAGAAUUCAUCCAGUAAGUUCCUGUUUGAGAAAAGUGCCACAUACUUUGAAGGCGAGGUGGUUCCAAAGAGAGUGAAGGCCCUUCUCCCCAAUGCAAAAUUGGUUGCCAUCAUCAUCCCACCUGGAAGGAGAGCUUAUUCUUGGUACCAUCACAUGCGUGCCCACCAUGACAUGACUGCUCUUCAGUACACCUUUUAUGAAGUUAUAACAGCUACAGACAAAGCUCCAAGGCUACUUAGGGACCUGCGAAAUAAGUGUUUAAAUCCGGGCAUGUAUGCCAAACACAUAGAAAGGUGGUUGGAUUACUUUCCUGCAUCACAGCUGACAAUAAUUGAUGGAGAAGAACUCAGAAAUGAUCCUGUCUCAAUCAUGAAUGAUCUGCAGAGAUUUCUGAAUAUUGAGCCAUUUUAUAAUUACACAGAGCAUUUAAGGUAUGAUAAGAGGAAAGGCUUUUUCUGCCAGGUCAUUGAGGAAGACAAGACAAAAUGUCUUGGUCGUGGCAAAGGACGAAUAUAUCCACCAAUGAAUGAAUCUGAGGCAAAAGUGCUUAAGGAUUUUUAUCAGAGCUACAAUGUUGCCUUGGAGAAACUGAUCACAAGAUUAGAAUACUCUGUACCUACUUGGCUUGAAGAUGACCUGCAAUAGUGAAGCUUGUCGAGACCUACCUUGACGAUCUGGGUAAGCUCCAUGGAGUUUGAUGUAAUGAACUUAUGAGUGAUAUUCACUCAAAAUUCUGCCGUUGUAAUUACAGUACGUAUAUAGUACAUGGAUAGUUAAGUCUUGUACAUUAAUGUGAGUGACAUUCACUCUCUUGCUUCUCUUAUUUUAUGAAUAAUUAUGUGAAUAGAUAAUUGGUAUCUUGAAAUUAACAAAGACUUUGAGCCACUGAUGUGCGCUGAAGGGUGUUACAGGAGAAAAGAUCAAUAGGUUGCUGAUUUCACAUAUGGAGGAAUUUUAUAUCUGUUUGAACACCACCACCACUUCUUUCAGACAUCCAUUGUGUAAACUAAUUAGUUACUUUUCAUUGAGUAAAUUUAAAGGCUGAAUAUUACUUACUUAAUGCAAGUUAAAUCAGUAUAUGUAGAAUUUAAAUAGCUUUGCAGUCAAAUACUUUUUUACUGCUUCCUGGCGUGGUUGAAUCAUUUAAUACAAAGAGUAAAGAAAGUCUAUAGGUAAGGUGGCUGAAUAUCAUACAACUGGUAUGAAAACUUUCAUUACUUUCAAGGUAGCAAAUUAUUUUGAGUUCACAACUUAAUUCCAGUGCAAUACUGACAUGGAGACCUGCAUUAGUUAAAGUAGUGGGUCAUUAUUUUGAAAUCACAGACUAUAGUAGUGCAAAUACAGAAUACGUAGGAAAAACGGUACAGUCGACCCCCACUGUUCUUGGACUCAUAAGUGGAUUUUUCUAUGGAACAUAUAUAUAUAUAUAUAUAUACACAUUAUUAGCGGAAAAUUCGCCUAUUCGUGAUAGCAUUUUUCACUGAGAAAUAUAUUCACAAAUUACUAUAUUUUCAUAUAAUUUUCGUGACUAAAUGCACAUUUUAUGAUAAAGCUAUUAAAGUACUCAAGUAUAAGCAUUUUUAAAGGUUUUUUUGUUUUUGAAUUGUCAAAAUAGGCAGUUCAAGUGUUUUUAGAGGGGUUUUAAGCUUGUAUGUAUUCGCAGAUUUUAGCUAUUCGCGGGCGGGUGUGGUACCUAUCCUUUGCGAAUAUGGGGUCCACUGUACCAGCUUUUUUUAAACAAGUCCUAUUCCAAGAGAGGUCAAUAUUUUUUAUAUAUAAUUAUGAAAUAUGUUUGGCAUUCAUUACCAAUGGUUAAAUGCAGUGUGAUAAAUUUUCGUUUCAUAUACAGAUAUUAUGAUACUUUUUUAGCAUUCAUAAUAAGAACAAUCAGCAGUCGUAAAAAUAUUUGACUUCAUUAACUGUUAUUGCUGUUAUGUAUGUGUAAAGCCAAUUGUAUACAGCACCAAGUCCAUAUAUUUCUGCAAUUGUGCAUUGCAGAUUUUGUCUUGAGCUGAUUUAUAAUGUAUUGCUUUAAUGUAAAGCUAAUUUUUUAAGAAGUCCAUAAUUUCUUCAAUUGUGUUUUGGCAAUUAAUAGUCUAGGGUUUUUUUUUUGCCCAAGAAUUUGAGUCAAAUUAAAAGAAUUAAAUAUGCAAUGGAUACUGACUGGGGUGGUUAUCUAGGUUUUUAUGUUUUUUAUUUUUUUAUUUUAAAGAUUAAUGAGAACAUGUGGUAUAACAUUUUGUCUGAUUUAAAGCAGUAAUUGGAAUACAGUAGUUUGAAAUCAGCAGAAACUAGGAUAUGCUGUAGCAAGUCCUUUAGAACUCAUAUGAUCCAUGUGCAAAAUUUUUAAUGAAAUUUAGUUCUUUGAGUAAGUUAGUGACUUCAGGGUAAUGACAAAAUACUGAAGAUCUCCUCUGCAUAGGCAUUGAAGAUUUGAUGAAAAUGGAAAUGUUUGUACAGUAUUUUUAUGGUGCAUCAAUAUUUAAAUUUUCAAGUUCUACAUUAUUAUGUUGCUUCAAAGCACAAAACUCAGAAUGAAAUAAGUGUAUCCUUUUGUAGUUAUUAGUCUUAAAUAUUAUUGGUGUAUCAAGUUCCUUCAAAUAUUUUCUUAGGUUUGAGAUUAAUGUAUUAUUAUAUUGCAAGCAAAUUAAUUAUAUUUUCCUGAAUUAACUUUUGUCAUAAUUUUUUCAAGUAGUUUUUGAAUCUCUGAAGUUAAUGUGUGAGUUUUUAUAACAUGCUAAUAUGAUAUGGUUGUUUUGAAAGGCCCUGUAUAGAAAUAAAGUGUAGGUAGUAUGAGAAUAAGUAGAAAUGAAAGUAUGUGUUCAAUUUCUAGUGUGGAGUCUCGCUCUGAGACAUACACUAGCGUGGAGUUUCAGUCUGAGGCAUUACAUGUGCUUUGGAGUGAGUUCUCUUGUGAGACAAAUGCCAGAUAUGAAGCCAUUGUGGGAUACUCAAAUUUGAAAAAUAAUCGGAAAAUCUUUUGAUGCUCUAAAGAUAUUGAAAGUUAUAACUUUAAAAUGACUUCAAGCAUUAGAUAAAUUUGUUUUAAUUGCCAUACAUGCUUGCCAGAGAAAAAUUACACUGAGGGGCUUUUAUAGUUAGACCUUAUAGUUAGUUACUUAUAUACAGGAAAAAGAGGAGUAUUGGUACAUGUAUGGUAAAUAUAUGUGUAAGAAAACAAAGGCAUUAAGCAACAUAGAUAUAUAAGAAAAAAGUUGUAAGAGACUUACAUGCAUUCUUAUGCUUAUAUACAUUCAGUAGUGUCAAUUAAAUGCAAUAAAUUACAAUGUUGCACAUACAGUAUAAGAUACAUUCAAGACAGACAUUUUUCUGGGCCACAUAUUUCUGCUAAUGUGAACUGACAAAUAUUUCAAUACAUUGUUUUGUAAUAAAGUUAUUAAAAGAAUCAGUUACAUCCAAUAUUAAGACAUUACCAUAAUUAGCCCAUGAUAAAACAUUGCCUUUUCUUUAAAUCAUUCAUGGAAGGGUAAUCAUUUGGUAAAAUGGGCUGGGUAAUUUAUUAUUUGCAUGUAAGGUUAAAUGCUAGCUUGGAUAUACCCGAGCAGGUAAGAAGAGGUGCCAUUUCAGUAUAUGAAGAGAUCACAGGUCUUGCACAUUUCAGCACAGCCAAUAGCUGCAUGAAUCAAAUCAACAUUUGUUAUUGCGUGAGACUUUAUAUUGAAUUUGAUAUUUUGUCAUAUAGUGCCAUCCAUUAGUUAGCUACUUGAUAAAUAAUGUAUACAGUAAUUUACAGAUGUUAAGGAAAUGUUUUACUGAUUUCAAACUUUAAGAAUAUUGUGGUAAAAGGAUUAUAGUACAAUGUGAAUGUAAAACCAAACUGUAUUUUAGGAUUAGUUCAUGCAAAGAAGGAAUGUGUAAGUUGUUGUUUUGCUAAUGGUCAUUAUCUUCAGUUAGCUUAGGGGUGUUUUUGUUGAUUUUGAGAAUUUGAUGAAUAAGGAAACUUCUGAUUACCAUAUAUACUUGAGCAUUGUGUGGCCCUGUGAGUGUGAUUCACUUUUUUAUAUUAAAUAAGUUAAUACUUCCUUGUCAUAAUGCAAAGAGUUGCAAGUUAGGUAUUUGAUAUUUUAUAUUUAACUAAAGUUACCUUGGAUUAUAAAAAUUUUUCUGAUAUUACGGUCUCUUAUUUUUAAUGUAGCUAAAUGUACCUGUUGUGUGUUUAGUAGUGGCACGGUCGGUUUGGUCUUGGCCUGCCACCUCGGUGGCCGUGAUUUCAACUCUGGCAUUCCAUUGAGGGGUCAGAGAUGUGUAUUUUUGGUGACAGAAGUUCACUUUCAACAUGGUUUGGAAGUCAGGUAAAGCCGUUGGUCCUGUUGCUGAAUAACCACUGGUUCUAUGGAACGUAAAAACACCAUACAAACAAAGUAGAUAAAUUUUAUUAUAUGUGAUGCAUGUUUUAAUCAAGUUCAUUCAUUCUUAAUGCAUUUUUUUUAUUUUGUAUGUUACUGUACAAAACCAUAUUGCUCAUUUCUGUGACACUUGAAAGAAGUCAUAAAAGUUUAUAUAAAUAUUACUAAAAAAACAUUUUACCCUUGAAUCUUAUAUAAAAAAAUUUUACUCUUGAAUUUGUUAUAAAAUAUUUAGACUGAAUUAUUUAAUACCUGCUUAAUUGCUUUUUCUUGCUUCUCCUCUGUCUGGAAGAAAGAGGCAAGAUGAAAUUUAGGUACUAAUCCUAAAAUAUUACUGAUAUAUUAUAUAAAUAUGUAAUUAUUAAAUUUUCAGAAUUCUACUUAUUAUUUUGUUUAUGGUUGGCUAAGGUUAAUUAAAAUAUUUGUAUUUGAAUUUGAGCGAAAAAAGCUCAUUGAAAAUAUCUGGACAGUGGGCCCCCGUAUUCGUGGACUCACACAUUCGCAGAUUUCUCUCUGGAACACAUAACCCCAUUUGUCGCAGGAAAUUUACCUAUUCGCAGUAGUUCUCUAUGAGAAAUAUCCACAAAUUCGUGGUUUUUUUUAUCAAUUUCAUCAUAAAAUGCACUUUUUGUGAUAAAACUAUUAAAAAAAACUAAGUAUAAAAAUUUGUAGUGGGUUUUUCUUGAGUUUUAACUAACAAAAUAGGCCAUUUUAAGCAUUUUUGUA